GUCGUCUUCCUCGAUUAUGAGCAGAACGGUGGCACCCGGGACGAGUAGGAUCGCUCCUCAUCCUCUCAAUCUCUCUCCCGCGGUUUCACUCCUCUCCCGCCCAUUUCUCUCUGUUGCAUCUCGAUUGCUUGAUCCAUAGCCAUGCCGUCGGGGCCGAGGAAGCGAAGAGCCGCCAGGCGCAAAAAGGGGAUGGAGAAUUCGGCGACCCUCCUCCCUUCCGAUCCUUCUAAAGAUGGCGAGCAGCACGCGGAUCUGAUGCUGCACGAGAGCAGAGAGAGCGAAAGAGAGUCCCCUCUAUAUUCCUCUGCCCCAUCAUCGCCAUUUGUCGAGAGCCGACCCACUCGAUCCUUGACCCAUUGGUUUGGAUCUGAAGCUGUCGAUUGUGCGGCGGAGAGUUCGCAGAAUGACCUAAAAGCAGCGGACUUGGUCCAGCAAGAUGAGCAGGAUGUUGCUUUCGCAGUAACGGAAGUUGCUUUACUGCCCACAGAUGCAUCGGAUGCUAAAUCAGAAUUAUUUGCCCAAUCUGAGAAGGAAUAUAGGAAAUCUUUCGAGGAAUCAACUAUUUCUAUUGAAAAGAUUGUUUCUUUGUCCGAGGAGAGGAGCCAAGGUAAAUCAGAUGAAUUUGUCGAAUCUGAUAAGGAAGAUAAGAAACCCUCUGAGAAAUCGGCUAUUUCUGUCAAAGACAUUACUGCUUUGCCCGAGGAGAGUAGCCAAAUCAGUGAGGUAGCUGCUAAUGUUCUUGAGAAGGUUUCAGGUGAUCAGAGAUUAAAAGGAGCACAACCCCAUGAUGCUAAUGGGAUCGUCAAACAAGAUGGUGAGACUAGUGAAGCUUGUCAAGUUGCUAGAGGAGAGAAGACAUUGCCGGCAGCCGAGGCCUUACACCAUGCUCCUCUGGUCAUUCACCAUACGAAGUGGUGGAAUUGUUGUGGGCUGCUUAAUUUGAUCAGGGGCCGUGAUAUAUAAUUUUAGGUAUCCUAUUAACCUCAGAAACACCGUUUGUCUUUCAUGAUGAUUACCCUAAUAAAGCUUCUCAAAAUAUCAUUGUCGUCAUCGUCCUCCGCUUGAGUAUCUUAACUAUGAAAGUCCAGGAGUAAUAAUUUUGCUGCUUCAUUAUAAAGCAGAGUAGUAGCAUUGUUCAAUCUUGGUUCCUAGCAAAUCUCUUUGUUCUCCUUUUGGCUUUAGCCAUCAAUCUACUAGACUUGAUUUUAUAAAGAAUAGUUUGCAUU